AUGCCCGCCUCCGUCCUGCGGGAGGCGGAAGGGCUUCUCCAGCCUCUGGGUCCUCCGUGGGGCCCCUCCGGCCUCCGACGGGCCCCCCGGGCCUCUAAGCUGAAGGAAGUUUCAACCCGCGGUUCUGUGUGUUCUUUCCUCAGCACUUGUGCACCUGCGGACGAUCCUGCCGAGACUGAGGCAAAAAAGAGAAGGACAGGUGUCAAAUGGGUAGAUGUUUGCUGCCCAGAGCCAUCUCAGGCAGAUGUUGUGACCAGGGGCUCCCCACCAGCAGAAGAUACUCCGCAACAGGAUGGACCAGCGAAACAAGCGGUACCUCUGUCACCUGGUGAGGCCAAAAAGUCACCUGCCUGUGAUGUGGAAGAAAAGAAACUGCCAAGGCUGCAGAAAAGAGCAGGCGGCUUUACUCCGCUCACAGAGGCCAUGGAGAGAGAGGUCAUUGCUGCAUUAGGCAAAGGUGAGCCGGAUGAGGUCAUGAGCAGUGCCUUCAAACUAAGGGUCACGCGCCAGGACAUCCGCACCCUAAGGAACCUUUGCUGGCUAAACGAUGAGGUCAUUAAUUUCUACAUGGGCCUUGUGAUGGAAAGAAGUAAGAAAGAAGGAUAUCCAUCAGUCCACGCUUUUAGUUCAUUCUUUUAUGAAAAACUUACUUCUGGGGGCUACCAAGCCGUAGGAAGAUGGACCAGGCGUGUGGAUCUCUUCCACAAGGACAUCAUCUUAGUGCCCAUUAACUUGCGCUUGCACUGGACACUAGCGGUCAUCGACACCAGAAAGAAGACGGUCAAAUACUACGACUCUCUGGGACAAGAAGGGGACAAGAUUUGUGAGACUUUGCUCAAAUACCUGCAAGAAGAAAGCCGCGAAAAAAGACACGUGAAGCUGAAUGCUUCAGAGUGGACUAUUCACAGCAUGGAGCCACACGAAAUCCCUCAGCAAUCGAAUGGAAGCGACUGCGGCGUGUUUACCUGCAAAUACGCAGAUUACAUCUGCAGAGACAGACCGAUGACCUUUACGCAGACCCACAUGCCUUACUUCCGUAAGAAGAUGGUGUGGGAAAUACUCCACCAAGAGCUGCUGUGAGACCCGCACUACAGGAGUAACCCUGGGCUCACCUUCGGGUGACCAGCAUUUCUUGUAGUUACUUUUCUAAUACCUUAUUGGUAUUAGAAAUUUUUCUCUGUAGGUUAAGAAAACAGUUUUUCUCUGUAGGUUAAGAAGUAGUGGUUAAGAUUGUUCUUUUCCCCCCAUCCCCGCCUGCCCCUAUUUUGGAGACAGUAACUCUCUUUGAAAUUAGCUAACACACCUUAAGUGCAAGCUGGAAAGGUUGGUGUCUCCUGGCCAAGGGAAGGUUAAGAACAAAUGCUGAGAACUUCCAUCACAGAGAGGGCUGCUCACACCUUGCAGUGCAUGUGGCCACCUUAUGGACAAAUGGGACUCAUCUGGUGGUGGUCACAGUGCCUGAGCUGAACUUCUCUCACAGCACACGUGGUCACGUUAUGGACAAAUGGGACUCAUCUGGUGGUGGCAACAGUUGUGUGAGCUGAACUUCUCAUCCCAACAACAAGGUGCUGAACUGCUGUUUCCUCCAAGAGAGUUUUCUUCUGUUUCUGGA